CAAACACAGUACGGCAACGCUUUUGAAUAGCCCAAAAAAAUUUCUAUCCAAAAGUUUUGUUUUUUUCUGCGUAAUUAAACAUGGCCAAUUCGUGGUUACCCAUACGGUGUGUGCAAAGAACGCGUGUGCAUUAAAUGUUGAAUUCAGUGUGCAUUUUGGCUGGCCUGGAGCACACGUACGCGCAAGCCAAAUGUCUUGGCAUGCCAGACCAUUUAUCAAUUGAACACACAGCGAGAAAGAGAGAGGAAGCUGCUGACCGAAAUUGAAUAAUAAACGCAAUUACAUGCAAAAGGUGUAAACAAUAACAUUUGCCUGUGACUUCCCUGCGCGCAGCUGUCAGUGAAGUAAUACGAGGAACAGCAGCAACAAGCUAAUACAAAGAGAUAUAUACAUAUACAGUCACACAUACACAUAUCCAACGUACACGUACACUCAUACGCACACACACAGACAGCAUGUCGGAGCGCAAGCGUUAUCACAAGGACAAUGCGCCCGCGGACGAUAUUAUCACGCUUAUCAAUCUGGUGCGCCAGAAUCCGGCUCUAUAUAACUACAAGCUGCAGCCGGAUCAGCGACGACGCCCGGAUAUAUUGAGCGGCUGGCAGGAGGUAUCUCAGCAAAUGGGCAACAAGUACAGCGUACAAGAGGUGCGACGCAAGUGGAAAAACCUGAGAGAUACGUACCAUCAGUAUCGUCGCCGUUCGCCCAAGUGCAUUGAGGGGCGCUUGUCCAAGUGGCAAUAUGCCAAGCAGCUGGACUUUCUAUCGAAGGUGUACCAGCCCAAAUUGAAAGCGCAUCGCAAUGCGCUGGCCGCCAUGGUGCAGAUCAAGAAGCAGCCGGAUGAUGAGGAUGAGGACGAGGAUGAGGAUAAUAUUGUUAAUGGUGGUGUUGGUGGCGUCGAGCAUGACCACGAUGUGGAGCAUGACAUUAUCGAUGAAGAUGAGCAUUCGGAUACAACGGCCCUGUCCUCCUCACAGAUAACGCUCGUCAGCGAUGAGACCGAGGCGUUCAUAAUGACCGCCUAUGAGGAGAGCGUGGCUGAUGAUACGGUGCAUCACCAUCAUAAUGCGCACAGAAUGGCCAUGCCGCAGCAGCACCAUCAUCAGCAACAACAGCAGCAUCAUCAGCACAAUCAUCACCAACAGCAGCAGCAGCAGCAGCAGCAACAGCAUCAUCAUCAUCAUCAUCAGCAGCAGCACGACGGCAGCAUUUCCAGCAUUGAGUUGUCACAAAUCACUCACGAUGACGAUGACGUGGUCGACGAUGAGUUGGACGACGAUGAUGUGGUGGACCAUGACGGGCAGGUGGUCGACAUUGUCAAGCAUGAGCUGGACGAGGAUGGCGCCACAGCAGCCGAGGUCGAUUACGAGGAGGUCUGUCUGUACGAGGAGGCGAGCGGCACGCACUGCGAGCUGGGCGUCGACGGCAGCAGCGAUGUGGUCGACAGCAAAGGCUUCCAUUACAUUGAUACUGACGAGUUCUGCAUAGAGGAUAUCGAGCCGGAGCCAGAGACACGCACCACGGUGAGUGUGCCGCUGCGUGCGACAGCGCAUCAUUCGCACGCACACACCCACACACACACGCAUACACAACAUCAGCAGCAUUCGCACCACCUGGUGAGCAGCGCCACGGCCACGAACAGUGUUCUGGCUGGCGGCGGCGGCGGCAGCGUCAUCACGGCCGACACCAAGCUCAAGAAUCUCACACUCGUGACGACCACUGCAGCUGCGGCGGCGGCGGCGGCGGCUGCAUCCACAUCAGGCUCUGCCUCGAACAGUCAGCGCUGCCACGAAGCAGCCAGCACUCAGCAAAUAGCGCUCGUCGAUGUCACCGAGGCGACGAGCACCAGUGUCACCAUAUCCAGUACGCCAGCCGUGGCGUUGAAUGCGGCCACGGUGAGCACCACGCUGCCGGCGGGAGCGGCAACGGCAGCAGCGGGGGUGCAGCCACAACAAGGAACAGCUUCAGCUGCGGCAGCGGCCGCGGCGGCAGCAGCAGCUGCCACACUGUGCAAUACAUCAACAAAUACGCCAUAUAAUGGGGCGACGACCAUACUGCAGCUGCCACCGCUUAGCUGUCCGGGCAAUCAAAAUAACGUCGUCGGCGGCUCCUCCUCUGGCUCCAUCAGCGUGGCCGCCUCGAGCAGCACACUGAUCAAGGACGAGGAGCAGCAGCAGUUCGCGCAGGCGCUGAUUAAGCGCGACGAGCUCGAUUUGUUCUUUGAUUUUCUUAAGAAAAAAAUGCAAUAUUUUACCAAGACGCAGAUCACUCACAUUCAAAUGGAAUUCCUCAACUGUGUCAGCAGGCAGGAGGUGGCCGAGCAGGAUGCCAAGGACUAGCUGCAUAUGCAUUCAUA